CGUCCCAUAAAGAAGAUGCAUAUUCUUCAUCAUUUUUCUUUUUCCUAUAAAAAAUUUCUCUUUAUUUUAAUUAUCAAUAUAAGUGCUUUAUUCUUUUCAUUUUAAGCUAAUCCUCUAAUAAUCAACCUGCCAUCUACAGGGACGCGAACGCCCAACUUCAAAUGACAUGGAUCCAACUCUCUCCCAAAGAAGAACGCUUCGCGACACCGCCGCCGUCUCAUGGCAUACGUGACGGCGCGUCUCCUCGCCCGUGCUCCGGGGAGCGGCCGCGUCCCUGCGGUCUUGCGAUCCGCCUCCACCCGGCUGCACGAUGGUCCGAUGGGACAGGCCGAAGCGGCGGUGGACCGGUUCGACCUGAAGGCGUACAUGGCCGACAAGGCCCGGCGGGUGGACGCGGCCCUGGACCGUGCUGUGCCCCUCCGCUACCCUGAGCGGCUCCACGAGUCGAUGCGCUACUCCCUCCUGAGCGCCGGCAAGCGCAUCUGCCCUAUCCUCGCCCUCGCCUCUUGUGAGCUCGUCGGAGGCGAUGAGGCCACCGCCAUGCCCGUCGCCUGCGCCGUCGAGAUGCUGCACGCCGUGUCCCUCAUCCACGACGACCUCCCCUGCAUGGACAACGACGACCUCCGUCGGGGCCAGCCGUCCAACCACCGUGUCUUCGGCGAGGGCACCGCCGUGAUCACCGGCGACGCCCUCAUCGCCCUGGCCUUCGAGCACGUGGCCGCCGCCACGGCCAGCGUGCCGGCGGAUCGGGUUCUCCGAGCCGUCGCGGAGUACGGGUCGGCUAUUGGGUCGGAGGGGCUGGUGGCGGGCCAGUUUGUGGACAUCGACAGCGAGGGCAAGGCAGUGGGCGUCGGCGUGCUGGAGUACAUCCACCUGCACAAGACGGCGAGGCUGCUGGAGGCGGCCGCGGCGUGUGGGGUGAUCGUGGGCGGCGGCGGGGACGCCGAGGUCGAGAGCGUAAGGCGGUACGCGCGCUGCGUCGGCCAGCUGUUCCAGGUGGUGGACGACAUACUGGACGUGACGAAAACGACGGAGGAGUUGGGGAAAACGGCCGGGAAGGACGUGGCGAGCGGCAAGACGACGUACCCGAAGCUGAUGGGCCUCGAGAAGGCGCAGGACCUGGCACAAACCCUGGUGGUGAAAGCGGAAGCAGAGUUGCAUGGGUUCGACCGUGUCAAGGCGGCGCCCCUGCGCCAUCUCGCUCGCUACAUCGCCGAUCGCCAGAACUGA